AUGGCUAUCAAGUACAUACUCUUCGACUGUGACAAUACUCUUGUCCAGUCUGAGGAUCUCGCCUUCGAAGCUUGCGCCGAUCUCAUCAACGAAAUCAUGGGUAAGCAAUGUCUCAACCAACAUUACACUGGAGAAUCCCUCAUUGUCAACCUUGUUGGUCAGAACUUCCGCGGCAUGAUGACAACCUUGCAGAAGCAAUUCGACUUCAAGCUAGAGCAAGAGGAGCUCGAGAGCUAUGUUCAGACCGAAGUCGCCCGUGUUAUUGCCAAGCUCCAAGCAAAGGCUGAACCUUGUGAUGGCUCUAUCGAAGUCCUCGCCAGACUCUACGACGACAAGAAGUACAAGUUGGCUGUCGUCUCUUCCUCCGCUCUUCGCCGUGUUCGUGUCUCCAUUGCAAAGGCCGGUCAAGAGAAGUACUUCCCCACCGACGAAAUCUACUCCGCUGCCACUUCGCUUCCCAAGCCUACCUCCAAACCGGACCCCGCCAUCUAUCUUCAUGUUCUCGAGAAGUAUGGUGCCAAGCCUGAAGAAUGUGUUGCAAUCGAAGACUCCAUCUCAGGUGCAACUGCUGCAGUUCGAGCCAAGAUUCCGCUCAUCGGCUAUGUUGGUUCGUACCAUACCGAUGCGAAGAAGCAGGAGAUUGCUGGUAGACUUGCUGAGCUGGGAUGCAAGAAUGUCAUGUCUCACUGGGAUGAAUUCGAGAAGUGCUUGGCUGCAAUCGAGGCUGGCAACGUUUAA